AUGGGGAGGAUGAGCUACAACGGUAUUCACCGUCUAAAACGGCACCAACUCGGUGAAGGAGGUGCAGCCAUGGAACAAACCACGCCCACCAGCGUGGAUUGGGAGCAGCAAGAAGAAGAGGAGCAGGCCGAGGAGGAGGAAGAAGAGGAGCGUCCCAAACCCAGCAGGCCGGUGGUUCCCCAACUGGCCCCCCCGAAGAUCCCCGAUGGAGAGAGAGUGGACUUUGAUGAUAUUCACCGCAAGCGCAUGGAGAAGGACCUGUUGGAGCUGCAGACACUCAUCGACGUGCACUUUGACCAGCGCAAGAAGGAGGAGGAGGAGCUCAUCGGCCUGAUGGAGAGGAUUGAGCGCCGGCGAGCGGAACGGAAUGAGCAGGUGCGGUUCCGGACGGAGAAGGAGCGAGAACGCCAGGCCAAGCUAGCGGAAGAGAAGCUGCGGAAGGAGGAGGAGGAGGCCAAGAAACGGGCCGAAGACGACGCCAAGAAGAAGAAGGUUCUGUCCACCAUGCCUCAUUUCGGCGGCUAUCUGGUCAAGGCCGAGCAGAAGCGGGGCAAGCGGCAGACCGGGAGGGAGAUGAAGAACCGGAUCUUGGCCGAGCGACGGAGGCCCCUAAACAUCGAAAGCAUGAGGGAGGAUGAGCUGAGGGAGAAGGCCAAGGAGCUGCACGAGUGGAUCCACCAGCUGGAGUCAGAGAAGUUUGACCUCAUGGAGAAACUCAAGUACCAGAAAUACGAGGUGAGGGAAGCGGGGCUGGUCCUGCCGGGCUGGGGAUGGGGGGGAAAUUGA